AUGGCAGCAUCAUCAGAAAGAGUGGUCGAUUCGGCCAAGGUGUGGACAACGCUCAUCACAAACACAAACUACCUCUCGGGCUUGUUGACUCUCGACUACUCGCUCAAGGCCGCUGGCAGCAAGUACCCUCUCGUCGCUCUCUACACCGACACAUUCCCUCCUGAAGGUCAUGCCGCCCUCAAGGCUCGCGGCAUCCCUUCCAAGCGCAUUCCCUAUCUGCUACCUUCCAUGUCCAAGGACUACAGCAACGACCCUCGCUUCUACGAUUGCUGGAGCAAGCUUACUCCAUUCGGCCUUGUCGAGUAUGAACGCGUUGUCCAGCUCGAUAGCGACAUGCUCAUCCUCAAGAACAUGGAUGAGUUGAUGGACGUUCCCCUCGAUAGCCCCGAGCUCGCUGGACGUGGUGACCGUGUCUUUGCUGCAAGUCACGCUUGUGUCUGCAACCCUCUGAAGAAGCCCCAUUACCCCAAGGACUGGGUACCUGCCAACUGCGCAUUCACCACCCAGCACGGCAAUCCCGAAGAGGCACAAAAGACAGGCGCUUCUCCUCUUGCAGGUCUCGCCAUGCCCAACGGAGGUCUCCAGGUCGUCGUACCAAGCAAAGAAGUCUAUGAUCUUAUUCAGGAAGGUCUACAAUCAUCUGUCACCGCAUCCUACGAGUUUGCCGAUCAAUCAAUGCUCAGCGACCUCUUCCCAGGCAGAUGGGUCGCUCUUCCUUACAUCUACAACGCUCUCAAAACCAUGCGUUGGGAAGGUGUGCACGAUGCCAUCUGGAGAGAUGAUCAAGUCAAGAAUGCCCAUAUCCUGCUCAGUCCCAAGCCUUGGGAUGAGAAGGGCGACGACAAGGGCAAGAACGAUGAAACACACAAGUGGUGGUGGAACUACAACGAUCGCCGCCAGGCAGAUGAAAAGAGCAGGAACAUUGACGAUGGCUUCUAA